GUCUUGCAGGUCCCAAACAGUUUGGGUUCCUUGCUGGCCUGGCUCUGCCGGCCCAGAGCAGUGGAGCCGUCUUGCUGUUUCCUGUAUCUUCACGGGUUCCCAGAUCAAAGCCUUGACCACCGCAAGGAGCUGUCCAGCUACGGCCAACUACGGCCCACACUGCCUCAGCGAUUGGCAGCUCAGCUCCUGGCUGCGCGUCCCGAGGCAGCUUUCGCAGCCUUCAACUUUUCCGGUACCCCUGGGUCUGAUGCGAGCUGCCCUUUCCGUGACAAAACAGUCACCCAAGAACUCUCCGAUACACUGGCCAUGAUAUCUUACUUGCGGGAGCGAUGGCCUGGGCUUCCCAUCCACGUCAUUGGCAUCUCCACUGGUGCCAUCGUUGCCAGUUUGCUGAGAGGCGUUGACGCUAUUGGUGACAUCACCAUCACCACUAUUGCUGGACUCAAGAAUGUCCAGAGGGGUCUCUGCUUCGAUUUUGACAAGGUGCAGCAGCAGGCGUUUGACAGCGACGGUGAAUGCUGGAAGGAAUUCUGGCUGCCCCGUGAAUCUCCGUCAAAUCCACCUGAAGCCAAGUUCGAUGGGGUUUGCUCCAACACCGGCUCGGAGGGCUCGGAACGCUGGGAGAAAGCCCAUUUGCCACUGGCUGCAGCCUACCGGGAGGACUUCCUGAAGUUGGAUUUGCCCACUGCGAUUUCUACUGGUACCGCACCUCUCCUGGUCCUCCAUGGUGACCGCGACCGCAGCGUACCACUGGAGAAUGGUCAG